CGGAGAGGGUCACUAACUGUGAAAGUGAAAAUAAAGGGGAAUACAGAAAUGGGCUGGUUCCUUUGCUCUGGAAAAUCCAAGAAGAGAGCAAAGAAGGAACAGCGCAAGAAGUUCGAUGAUCGGAUCCCGUCAAGUAUAGUUGAAUAACUGAGUUGAAGAUGAAGUCUAUACAUAUUCUUAAAGGCAGCUUUGAUUCACAAAGAAAUUACUAGAAAAGGUAAACGUAAAUCCGUUAUUUGAUCUAAAGAAAGAAGCUUGUAAAGACGGAGGAUCCGGUUAUAUUGCCACAAACACAUUUACAUUUCUGGAAUUGGCUACGGCUACCAAGAAUUUCAGGGCAGAUUGUCUUUUGGGUGAAGGUGGAUUUGGAAGAGUCUAUAAGGGACGGCUAGAGAGCACUAAUCAGAUUGUGGCUAUAAAGCAACUUGAUCGCAAUGGUCUGCAAGGGAACAGGGAAUUUCUUGUCGAAGUGUUGAUGUUGAGUCUACUUCAUCACCCGAACUUAGUAAACUUGAUUGGAUACUGUGCUGAUGGAGAUCAGAGGCUUUUGGUGUACGAAUACAUGCCGUUAGGAUCAUUGGAAGACCAUUUACAUGACCUUCCACCUGAUAAAAAGCGACUUGACUGGAACUCAAGAAUGAAAAUAGCUGCUGGCGCAGCAAAGGGGUUGGAGUAUUUGCACGAGAAAGCGAAUCCACCCGUUAUAUAUCGAGAUUUGAAGUGUUCCAACAUUUUAUUAGAAGAAGGCUAUCAUCCUAAGCUUUCUGAUUUUGGAUUGGCCAAACUGGGACCCGUUGGCGAUAAGACACAUGUGUCUACUAGAGUAAUGGGCACCUAUGGAUAUUGUGCGCCGGAAUAUGCUAUGACAGGACAGCUUACGUUGAAAUCCGAUGUUUACAGUUUCGGAGUUGUCCUUCUGGAAAUUAUCACCGGCAGAAAAGCUAUUGACGACUCAAGAGCAGCUGGCGAACAUAAUCUUGUUGGAUGGGCUCGUCCGUUGUUUAAAGACCGCCGGAAGUUCUCGCAGAUGGCUGAUCCCAUGCUGCAAGGUCAGUACCCAGCUAGGGGCUUAUACCAAGCUCUUGCUGUUGCUGCAAUGUGCGUUCAGGAGCAACCCAACAUGCGGCCUCUCAUGGCAGACGUGGUAACGGCCCUAACUUAUCUUGCUUCCCAGAAAUACGACCCUGAUAUGCAAAGACCAAGUUCCGGCACCUCGACUCCAAGAACACGAAGGGAACAGCGGUAGCUGCGCUGACAGAAAUGUUGUCAGACAAAUACAUAAGGAUUUCUGGAAGGCGAAGCCGUGAUAAGAUUGUACAAAAUCCUCCUUAAGUGCCACAUUGAGGAAAGGAUGGUUGAAUUUAGUGAGCUUUUCGGUCAUGAGAUUUGUCAUCGGCAUUUGCUGCCUGCAGAAUGGGGUCGAGAGGUCCAGCUAGAGCUGUCUGUGUCGUCGUACUUUAGUUGCCAGAAAGAAGAAAAGAUUGAAUCCCAUCCACAAGAUGUUAAAUUUUUGAAGAUUUUCAUUUUCUGUCUAUAUUAUUUCCUAUUCUUUGCUUU